AGGGGGAUGGAGGGAGGGGCGGAGAGAAGAGAGGAAGCAUUGUUCUGUAUUGUCGCACGUGUCUUUCUCUGGCACACUUUCAUUAUGUUAACGUGAGAGAGACAGGAGAGGAGAGACAGAGAGAGAGAGAGACAGGGGAGGACAGAAAGGAGAGGAGAGAGACGCUCAGAGGAGAGCGGGUAUAAACGGUGCGUCUCAAGAGCCCGUCACGCCAGUUGUUGGUUUAGUUUCAGUAACGCUGAUGAAGGCACUGGAGCCCAAACGCUGGUCUGCUUGACUCAGUUUUGAUCUCUCCCUCGCAGCCCCCCCUCUCUGAUGGAGAAGCCCCCUCUUGCCCUGGAUGUCAACGUUGACGACGUGGAGGGGCUCCUGUCCCCUCCCGGGACCCCCCCCGCGCCACCCCCCUGCCCCGCGGAUGAGAGGCCGGUCUGGGGUUCGAAGAUCCAGUACAUCCUGGCACAGGUGGGCUUCUCAGUGGGACUCGGGAACGUUUGGAGGUUUCCUUACCUGUGCCACCAGAACGGAGGAGGUGCGUUUCUGCUGCUGUAUUUUCUGCUCCUCGUGAUUAUCGGGAUCCCGCUGUUCUUCCUGGAGUUGGCGGCGGGACAGAGUAUCCGGCAGGGAAGCAUCGGAGUCUGGAAGCACAUCCACCCCCGACUGACUGGGAUUGGAUAUGCCAGCUGUGUGGUCUGUUUCUUCGUUGCUCUCUAUUACAAUGUGAUCAUUGCCUGGAGUCUCUUCUAUCUGGGAAACUCCUUCCAGUACCCCCUGCCCUGGGAAUCCUGCCCCACUGUGGCCAACCAGAGCAUUGCAGUUCUCGAGUGUUCUCUCUCUUCUCCCACCACGUAUUUCUGGUACCGCAAGGCUCUUGACAUCACAGACUCCAUCGAGGACCCCUUGACCUUUAACCCUGUGAUGACAGGGUGUCUGCUGGCUGCCUGGACCAUCGUGUGCCUGGCCAUGAUCAAGGGGAUCCAGUCUUCAGGGAAGGUCAUGUAUCUCUCUCUCUCUCUCUCUCUUCUCCAGGUCAUGUAUCUCUCUCUCUCUCUCUCUCUCUCUCUCUCUCUCUCUCUCUCUCUCUUCUCCAGGUCAUGUAUCUCUCUCUCUCUCUCUCUCUCUUCUCCAGGUCAUGUAUCUCAAUUCAAUUCAAUUCAAUUCAAUGGUGCUUUAUUGGCAUGACUUACAAUAGCAGGUGUUGCCAAAGCAAUUAUACAAUACAGACAUGUAUAUAUACAAUGCAUCAUGAAUACAUAUAUAUAAACAAACUGAUUUAUAAAGUACAGUAAAAAAAACAAAACCAAAAAAAAAAAAAAAAAACACAUAUCACUACUAACAAUAAACAUGUAUCAGGACAAUAAGCAUUUACCUAAUACAUACAUGCCUACAUACACAACAACAUACAUACUGUAUAUACAUAAGUGUGUGUGUGUCUCUGUGCAGAGCUCUCAUUGUGUGUCCCUCAAUCUGUGACAUGCAGACACAUACUGGGCUGCUAGUUGGGCUGUGCUUCUCUCCUCUCCCAGGAGGAUUGGGACUUUUUCAGGGUUGGUCAUGUUUGGGAAGUUUGGGAGGGAAUUUGCAAAUUUUUUAAAAUAAGUUUGUCUAUUUUCCGAGUAUUUCUUACAUUGAAGAAGGAAGUGCAUCUCUGUCUCAACCUCUCCUGUCUCACAGUGACCACAGAGCCUUUCUUCUUUAGGAAGCCAGGUCUGCCGGUGACGGCCUUUUUCAAUGGCCAGGCUGUGGUCACUGAGCCUGUACUUGGUCAGGAUCUGCCUCUGCUUUGUAUCUCUGACAGUAGAGAGAUACUCUGCCAGAGUGUAAUCUCUUUUUAGGGCCCGAUAACAAUCCAGUUUAUUUUGAGAUUUUGUUUCUGUGUCCCAAUGUUUCAGAUAGCAGUUUUUGGUUAGUUUUAUAAUUUGGUUGACUCUGAUUGGGGGCUGGUAAGCAGUGCUGCCCUGAAGCUGGUUUGUUUUAGUAUUAUUAGUUGGGUUCAGUGCAGUGAGCUUCAGGGCCAGCUGGCUUAGAGGACUCUUUUCAGGGCUGAGCUCUUGGGUUUGCAUGGCCUCAUACUGGAGGGAGUCUGAUUCACUUUUCUUUAGGUGCAUCCAAAACUUUAGUGCUCUUUUCUUUAUAUUUAUGAGUGUUGGGUAACGGCCUAAUUCUGCCCUGCAUGCAUGAUUUGGUGUUUUUCUUUGCACCUGUAGGAUGUUUUUGUAGAGUUCAGCAUGCAGGGUUUCGAUUGGGUGUUUGUCCCAUUUAGUGUAGUCUUGUUGACUGAGUGGACCCCAUACCUCACUUCCAUACAGCGCAAUGGGCUGGAUGACACUGUCAAUUAAUUUUAGCCAUAUUUUGAUAGGAAUAUUGAUUUUAUAGAAUCUUCUUCUGAUGGCAUAGAAAGCUCUUCUGGCUUUUUCCUUUAGUGCAUUCACUGCUAGGUUAAAGCUCCCUGACGCACUGAUAGUCAGGCCCAGGUACGUGUAGUCUGAGGUGUGUUCUAGUGUAGUGUUGUUUAGGGUGAAAUGGUAUCUGUUUCCCUGAGUUCUGGCCUUUU